GUUAGAGCCCGUGCGGAGGCGGUGCGGAGCGGUUCGGCUCUGAGCUGCUGGGCGACCGGCGCGUCGUGCGGGGCUGCGGCGGAGCCUCCUUAAAGAAGGUGCAAGAGGUUGGCAGCUUCGAUUGAAGCACAUCGACCGGCGACAGCAGCCAGGAGUCAUGAGCGACAGCGGCGAGCAGAACUACGGCGAGCGGGAAUCCCGUUCUGCUUCCAGAAGUGGAAGUGCUCACGGAUCGGGGAAAUCUGCAAGGCAUACCCCUGCAAGGUCUCGCUCCAAGGAAGAUUCCAGGCGUUCCAGAUCAAAGUCCAGGUCCAGAUCUGAAUCUAGGUCUAGAUCCAGAAGAAGCUCCCGAAGGCAUUAUACCCGGUCACGGUCUCGCUCCCGCUCCCAUAGAAGAUCACGUAGCAGGUCUUACAGUCGAGAUUAUCGUAGACGGCACAGCCACAGCCAUUCUCCCAUGUCUACUCGCAGGCGUCAUGUUGGGAAUCGGGCAAAUCCUGAUCCUAACUGUUGUCUUGGAGUAUUUGGGCUGAGCUUGUACACCACAGAAAGAGAUCUAAGAGAAGUGUUCUCUAAAUAUGGUCCCAUUGCCGAUGUGUCUAUUGUGUAUGACCAGCAGUCUAGGCGUUCAAGAGGAUUUGCCUUUGUAUAUUUUGAAAAUGUAGAUGAUGCCAAGGAAGCUAAAGAACGUGCCAAUGGAAUGGAACUUGAUGGGCGUAGGAUCAGAGUUGAUUUCUCUAUAACAAAAAGACCCCAUACACCAACACCAGGAAUUUACAUGGGGAGACCUACUUAUGGCAGCUCUCGCCGUCGGGAUUAUUAUGACAGAGGAUAUGAUCGGGGCUAUGAUGAUCGGGACUACUAUAGCAGAUCAUACAGAGGAGGAGGUGGCGGAGGAGGAGGAUGGAGAGCUGCUCAAGACAGGGAUCAGAUUUAUAGAAGGCGGUCACCUUCUCCUUACUAUAGUCGUGGAGGAUACAGAUCACGUUCCAGAUCUCGAUCAUAUUCACCUCGUCGCUAUUAAAGCAUGAAGACUUUCUGAAACCUGCCCUAGAGCUGGGAUAUUGUUUGUGGACAAUAUUUUUUAUUGUCUCUUGUUUAAAAAGUGAACAGUGCCUAGUGAAGUUAGGUGACUUUUACACCUUUUAUGAUGACUACUUUUGGUGGAGUUGAAAUGCUGUUUUCAUUCUGCAUUUGUGUAGUUCGGUGCUUUGUUCAAAGUUAAGUGUUUUCAGAAAAGUAUGUUUUGCAUGUAUUUUUUUACAGUCUAAAUUUUGACUGCUGAGAAGUUUCUAUUGUACAAAACUUCAUUUAAAAGGUUUUUCUACUGAAUCCAGGGUAUUCUGAAGAUCAAAGCCUGUGUAAAAUGCUACCAAAUGGCAAAAAGCAACAAUAAACAGUUUGAUUUUUACUUUUCUUUCUAACAUAUCAAUGCUUAGCAGAACUAUUCAGAUUAAGUUGUCAGUGGUAAAUUUAAAGACAAAUGCCCAUUUUCCUCCAGUCCAUGAAACAUACCAUACUUAUAUAAGUGCAACUAAAUGUUAAAAAUUAUGCUCUGUAACUCUGUACUGCUAGUAUUAGAACUAAAAACCUUAAAAUACAGCCAGUGCUUAAUGCUUAUAUAAAUGUGGAUUUGUCAGCUUUUAUGUAAUCUGUAAUAUGUAUAGCAGGAAAUAAGAAACGAAGAGUUACACAGUGUAUGCCUUAAAAGGCUGUUUCUUAAAAAGCUGUUACAAGGGGAUAAUGGUAUUUCAACUAGUUAUCAGCAAGUGACAAUACAUUCCACCACAAAUAUACUCUUGUUCUUCUAGCUUUUAGACUAUAUGAAAAAACUGGGUGCUUCAGAGUACAUGAUAAGAGAAGGGAACACUACACCUGUGUCAUGGAUGAACUGAAGACUUUGCCUGUUCAUUUUUUAAAUAUUAUUUUCAGGUCCUUUGCUUACCAAAGGAGGCCCAAUUUCACUCAAAUGUUUUGAGAACUGUGUUUAAAUAAACGCAAAUGGAAAGAAAAAUGCUGGUGCAGCUGUUUACAAAGAAGUGUUCUUGUUCUAUUAGAGUUCUUUUGUAGUUAAUUGUUAGGGCAAUGUGUUCUUUGGACUGAGAUGUAUCUUUGCUAUUUUGGGGAGGGGGAGAUGAAUUUCUGUUUCUGUUCCUGAAAAAUUCAGAGGGAUAUCCAUUUGGGGAUGGAGUUAUAGUAAAUAACUAGACUGAGGGUACUUGAAAUACAUGUUCUUAGUUUUCUUUUGUAUUUAAGUAAUUUUCAUGACCAUUGCAGAGAUGUUGCUAUAUGUAGAUUCUUUUGUUACCUUGCUAACCUUUAUCGCAUUUAGAUACUAGUACAUUUCAGGUACUUUGAGAAGCACUUUAUAUACAAUCUUUAGCAAUGAAAUGAUGUAACUUAGUUCAAAUAGCUGUUUAGGUGGCAAUGCCACGAUCUGAACCUAGGUGAUGUUAGUCCAUAGUUCUGUUAAUUGUGAUGUCAUUCAGCCUCAAAUCUGGGUACCUGGGUGAUGGAAAAUACCAGUAAUGGAGCAUAGGCGGUAUUGG